AUGGAAAACAUUCUUAUCAACGUGUUUUACCUCGUUGCUUUUGUUGUCACUUUGAAAUUCUUGUUCUUCAGGAAAAGAUUGAAAAACCCACCACCGUCUAUACCGUCUUUUCCCCUGAUCGGCAACCUCCACCUGCUCAAGCACCCAAUUCACCGGACCUUGCACGCCCUAUCGCAGAAAUAUGGUCCUAUCUUCACUCUCCGCUUCGGCUAUCAACCCGUUCUCGUGGUUUCAUCCGCAGCCGCAGCGGAAGAAUGUUUCACCAAAAACGACAUCAUUUUCGCUAAUCGAUUUCACUCCACAAAGACAAAGUACCUCGCCUUUAACAACACCGUUAUUACAGUCUCAUCAUACGGCGACCACUGGCGCAACCUGCGUCGUAUCAGCUCCCUCGAGAUCCUCUCCAAUCACCGCCUUAACUCCUUUCUGGGAAUCCGGAAUGAUGAGACCCUCAAGCUGCUUCGAAAGCUUGCAAGGGUUUCUGGUAAAGAUGCAGGUUUUACGAGAGUGGAGCUCAGGCCCAUGUUUGCGGAGCUAACGUUCAAUAUUGUGAUGAGAAUGGUGUGUGGAAAACGCUAUUACGGCGAGGAGGAACUCGAUGGGACCAAUGCUGAAGAGGCUAAGAAGUUUAGAGACGUCAUGGAUGAGUUGUCACAGUUCGGAUUAGGAUCCAACCUUGGCGAUUUUGUGCCGAUUUUCAGAUUGUUCAAUUUUAGUGGUCACAAAAAGUUACGAAAGUUUGGAGAGAAGCUAGACGCGCUUUUUCAAGGACUGAUUGAUGAGCAUCGGAGCAAGAAAGAAAGUUCUGACACCAUGAUAGACCAUCUACUUUCCUCACAACAGUCACAGCCUGAGUAUUACACUGAUCAAAUUAUCAAGGGUCUUAUUAUGGCGUUAAUUGUGGCUGGAACAGAGACUUCUGCUGCAGCAAUAGAAUGGGGGAUGUCCCAUUUGGUGAACAAUCCGGAGGUGUUGGAGAAAGCAAGGAUUGAAUUGGACACGCACGUUGGAGAAGUGCGUUUGGUAGAGGAAAUGGAUGUUACCAAAUUACAGUACCUUCAGAAUAUAGUAUCUGAGACUUUGCGAUUGACUCCACCGGUGCCCAUGUUAAUACCUCAUUUAUCCUCUGAACACUGUACCGUGGGAGGUUAUGACGUGCCACGCAACACCGUGUUAAUGGUCAAUGCUUGGGCCAUUCACAGGGACCCGGAAUUGUGGGCUAACCCAACGAGUUUUAAGCCCGAGAGGUUUGAGAAUGGGCCAGUGAAUGGUCGCCAGCUUAUCCCCUUUGGGAUGGGAAGAAGGGCCUGUCCUGGUGCAGCCAUGGCCCAAAGAACUUUGGGCCUAACAUUAAGCUCGUUAAUUCAAUGUUUUGAAUGGAAAAGAAUUGGUGAGGAAAAAGUUGACCUGAGUGAAGGACGGGGAAGUAUAGUGCGCAAGGCCAUUCCUUUGGAGGUUCAAUGCAAAGCUCGUCCAAUCAUUAGCAAGGAUUUCUGA